GGAUAAAAACAAAUAAAACUCGUUCGUCGAGGACCUCAAUGUGUUACUAUAGUUAAAACAAGUUUAUUUACAAUCCUGUAUGGUGUUUCAACUAGUGGGGUCCUUAUCCUCAGUCUCAGCCUUGUGCAUGAAUGAGGUUUAUUCAUUAACUAAAGCAUUCUGAUAAGAGUUUUUACUCGUGAACUUUGUUUAUGUUGAUCCACUGCUGAGCUACUUAAACACACCGAAUCGAUCCGUUCACACUAAAGCCUUAGAAAAUGACCAAGCCGUUGCUUUUGGUUCGUCCGAUUCGCUGUAUGGUGGAUGAACGGUUCGACGUGCGCGUGCAGUAUUUACUGCCCGGGGUCCGAGUCACGCUGCACGCGCAGUUCCAGUCUGAGGAUGGGGAUUUUUGGGAAGGUUUUGGUCACUAUGUUAGCGAUGACUCAGGAACUGUCACAGUGUCUAAAGAUGCCAGUCUUGGUGGAUCAUAUGAUGGAGUUGAACCCAUGGGUCUGCUGUGGAGUAUGAGACCUAUUCCUGGAAGCAGGACAGGCCUCAGAUUUAGGAAGAAAGAUGUCUACACGCCAGUUGAUGUCCACAUAUCUGUGUAUGAACAUCACUUAAAUGAGGGAUUCUGGGAGAAACCUCCUUUAGCAUCAGUUGUGGCACAGCGGUGGUACACUGCUCCAGGAAUUCAGAGGGUUAAUGUUACAGAAAAAGGCUUAAAGGCAAUACUUUACAUCCCAGCAGGUCCUGGUCCUUUUCCUGCUGUGCUGGACCUCUGGGGUGGAGGUGGGGGUCUAGUGGAGUAUCGCUCUGCUUUACUAGCAUCCAGUGGUUAUGUCGCAUUAUCAUUGGAGUAUAUUGGACGAGUAGAUGCUAAUGGAAAGCCAUACCAAGUGGACAACGACUACUUUGAGACAGCCUACACUGUGCUGAAGCAGCAUCCACAAGUUUGCCCUGAAAGAAUUGCCAUUCUGGGUUUGUCUUUUGGUGUCUCUGUGACUCUGCGUAUGGCCGCAUACUCCUCAGUGAUAAAGCCCAGAUGUGUGGUGUGUGUAAGUGGAAGCCACAUCAUACCUGUUAGUGGAUCAUUGGCUGAUGUCUUUGCUGAGAUCAAAAAAAAUCUCAAAAACACCCGCUAUGAUGAGGAACAGAGAAUCAUUUGGCGAGAUCUCUUGCUCCCAAUACCAGAUGACCCUUCAAAGAAAGUUGAAAUGGGUCGUAUCAGGUGUCCCAUUUUAUUGAUUGUUGGGGAGGAUGAUCAAAAUUGGCCAGCAAUGGAGUCUGCAGAAGAUAUGAAGCAGAUGAUGGAACGAGCUGGUAAUAGUCAUCUGCUGUCUGUUCUGUCCUACCCUGGAGCUGGCCACCUCAUUGAACCUCCUUACACUCCACAUUGCAGAGCCAGCAACUUUAUGAUGGGAGAGGGAAGGAAAAAAGUGGUGGUGCUGUGGGGUGGACAAACAGAGCCACACAGUCGUGCACAGGAGGACUCCUGGCACAAAACCCUGGCCUUCCUGGAGCAACAUCUCUACAGCAACAUGAGACAUUAACAUCAAAUAUCAAUCACAUUGAGUCUGAAUGCAGUUUAUUGAAGAGAUUUGUAUGUGCAGCAAUAUCUCUUGUGUCUUGCAUCAAUGAUUACACAGUUGUAGAUAUAAUUAAGCAUUAACUGUCCUUAAGCAAUAAAUCUGAGGUAGUGAGAAUUGCAACACUGCUCAAAUCCUUAAUAGUUUUUAUAAUAAUCUCAGAAUCUUGUUAAGCCUAUUCAAAUGAGUGCAUAUUUUGCUAUACAUGAUUAAAAACUAAACAUGAAAGAUUUCACCGGCUAUUGAGAAUAUUAGGGAACAUUCGUUCAUAAAAGACUGAUUCAAAGAUGUUUAUUUGUCUGCAGAAUUUGAAAUAAACUUCUAUUUAAACCGGA